CUGUGGGUAACUCAUCUACACCCGAACGACAUUGAAGAUGGUAUACGCGAAUCCCUUGGACGGCUUCAGUUGGGUUAUGUCGACCUUUUACUGGCACACAUGCCAACAUGUUUCAAUCACGACAUGACUGCCCAGGACCACUCUGUGACCGUCCAAGACAUAUGGCAUGGUCUAGAAGAUGUGUACAAAAAAGGAUUGGCUAGAGCAAUUGGCGUAUCAAAUUGGAACGGUGAACAGAUUGAGCGCACGCUUAAAACUGCUACAGUACCGAUUCACAACUGCCAGGUAGAACUACACCUUUACUGGCCUCAACACGAGCUACAUGACCUUUGUAAAAAACACAAUAUUUCCGUCACUUCAUAUGCAUCGUUAGGGUCGCCUGGUCGAACAGACUUCAAAGCAGGCAUUGAUUUUCAAAGGGAUGCUGAAUGGGCGCCAGCACCGAAUGCUAUGGAAGAUCCACAAGUGAAACGAUUAGCUUUCAAGUACACUAAAACUCCAGCACAGAUCCUGUUACGAUACCUGAUCGAUAGAAAUAUUGCUGUCAUACCGAAAUCUAUCACACCAUCACGAAUCGUCGAGAAUUUCAAGUCAAGCCCUGCUGAAGUAAAAACAGCUACAAAAGCUGCCAUAGAGGCUGGUUACCGCCUGAUUGAUACAGCUGCAGUUUAUCAAAAUGAAGAGGCAAUCGGUGAAGCCAUCAAAGAGUUGAUUCAAGCAGGAAAAGUCACUCGCGAGGAACUGUUUAUUACAACUAAGGUAUGGGCUACCCAUAUGCAUCCGGAUGACACAGAGGGAGCCAUACGUGAAUCCCUCCGCCAUCUUCAGCUCGACUAUGUCGAUCUCUACCUUGCUCAUAUGCCAGUAUGUUUCAAUCAUGAAAUGUCGGCGCAGAACCAUGACGUCCCAGUACACGACAUAUGGCGCGGUUUGGAAGGUGUAUACAAGAAGGGGCUAGCCAAAGCCAUUGGCGUAUCUAACUGGAAUGGUGAGCAGAUCGAACGGGUCAUGAAAACCGCCUCCGUGCCUAUCCAUAAUUGCCAGGUUGAGCUUCACCUCUAUUGGCCACAGCAUGAACUGCAGGAGGUCUGUAAGAAGCAUAAUAUCUCUCUUACCUCUUAUGCAUCAUUGGGAUCACCUGGACGAGUCAACUUCACUAUGCCUGGAAUAAAAAAUGACUGGGCACCUGCGCCUAAUGCAUUCGAAGAUGAAUACGUAAAGGAGUUGGCCAAGAAAUACUCCAAGACCCCGGCUCAGAUUUUGCUUCGUUAUUUAGUGGAUCGUAACAUCGCCAUCAUACCGAAGUCAGUUAGUCCAUCAAGAAUCGUCGAAAACUUCCAGGUAUUUCUAUCAUAA